AUGCACCGAAACCAGCAUCAGCACCGGAAUUUGGAGGUGUUCACGGUCAAGCCGGGCCCCGAGACCGGGUUGUACUACAUUUUGGUUGCGAACCUUGCCCACCGCACGACAUGGAGGGAGCUCAAAUCGUUCGCAUCUCAGGCCUGUGAGGUGGACCAUGCCGAAGUCUACCCUCCCACUUCGGGGUUCGUCCGGCGACGACCGAUUCUGACCCAAACAGGAUAUCUCGAUGGCAACACGCUCGAAUACCGCGCGCUGCAAGCAGAUGGACGAAACCUAAACCAAGACACCGUCGUCAAGCUCUUGCUUACCGAUUACCACGCGGUGAAGAUCAUGCGAGGAGACAACACGAGAGUGGUGGCCGAGCCGGGCGAUCCCCCAACCGAGCCCUUGGAAGUGCUGUCUCAGGGCCUGGGAGGCAUGACGUUAGCAGGAGGUGCGUACCUGGAUUAUCAGGGAAACCCUAGUCCGGGGCUCAGCCUGGGUGAUCUUCAGUGGCGCUACCCUACCGGACCCCCGUACGGCGGUCGGGGUUACCAACCCGCUCCAGCUCCAGCCUUACGUCCACCGGGGCCCUUGGCAUACCCCGCGAUGGCCGUCCCGAACCAGGGAUUCGUCCCGCAACCCGUUCUUGGUCCCCCGCCUGCGGUCUAUCAGGGUGGGGCGAACAACUCCUCGGCAUCCACCUCGCCGCAAACCGCGAUUGUCCCAUAUCCGUACGGCGAGAGUCCGACAUACUACCCUCAGGGAGCUGUUUAUGAUGGGAGAGCCCCGAGUUACACAGGUUUUAUCCCACCGCCGCCGCCACCACAACCGGGCAAGAAUAGUGGUCCUUAUACCAACCCGGCAUACGACUACUCUUCCGACGCGCUCACGCCGAUACAGCCCGACAAUGUGCCAUCGAUUAUUGACAGCCGAGCAGCCGGCGUGUUUGAACCACGCAAGAUUCUCAUCCGCGACCUCGAGCGCGAGGGGCUGUCAGAACCUGCCGUCACAGCCCUGCUUAUCCAGCACACGGGCAUUGGAAAUGCCCCGGGCCAGAUCGAAAGAGUGGAAAUACCGCUGAAUCGGGAGGGCAGGUCGCGGGGUACCGCAUAUGUCACAUUUGGCUCGGCCGAUCUCGCCAGUACUGCGGCGGCCGGUGUCAACGGGCUCAGGGUGGGUAGCCGUGAGGUGUCUGCGCGUGUGGUGGAAAACGGAGGAGGAUCCCGGGAAGGAUUGGCUGAGGGUGGACGGUCUGCGUCGGGCCGACGGGUGGGCGGGGCCAGCAGUGGGAAGACUAAUCGGGGAGGUGGAGGAGGUGGGAACUCAAAGUCUCACAGCGGAAAGGUGUCUCGGUCGGGACAGCCGGCCCAGGCUAUGGGGUCUGUGAUCGUGUCUAGCGACGCCUCACUCAAGUCACCCGUUGUCAACGAUCCGCUUUCCGACGAGCCUGUGUACACGACCACCGCCGCUGCGAAUACCUCGAUGUCUGCCUCGGGAUCGAUGUCCUCGUUGGUGGAAGGUAGCAGCCAGAGUCGUAAGAAGGAAGAUCGGCCCGUGAUUGUUGACGGGAGUGGCGGGCGGUGGAAAAAGGAGUCGGCGCCUGUUGUUGUGGAUGGGAGUGGAGGGGCGGGUAGUCAGAGCGGUAGUGGAAGUGGGAAUAAGAAGGCGGCGGGUGGUGGGAAUCGAGGUGCUCGGUUUUGA